AUGGAGGUGGUGGGGACCCCGACCCCCGACCUGUUAAAAAAGAUCUGCUCUGAACAUGCACAGAAGUACAUCCAGUCUCUGCCCUUCAUGCCCCAGCAGGACCUGGAAAAGAUAUUUAGAGGGGCCAAUCCAUUAGCUGUGGAUCUCCUGAAGCGUAUGCUGGUUCUGGACUGUGAUGGGAGGAUCUCGGCCAGUGAGGCUCUGUCCCACCCUUACUUCUCACAGUACCACGAUCCCGACGACGAGCCAGAUGCCCCCCCGUACGACCAAACGCUGGAGAGUAAAGACCGAACUCUGGAAGAAUGGAAAGGACGUAUACAUGACGUCGAAGAGGUCGCCAACGCCCGAUUUGCCCGACAGAGCACACCUGUCUGGGAUAGCCACCGGAACGCACACCGCCUCAAAAAACCAAACCCAAUAGAUUACGCAAAUCAGGCACUCACGCAGAGCAACGCCCCCGGAACCAAGCGACACGGCAACAGGUCCCGACACCACCAGACUCCCGGUCCGUCCGACAACAACCUAAUUCAGGAUAUUUCGGCGUAUGACGUGGUCCUGCGGCAGAAGGUUGCAGUGAAGAAACUAUCAAGGCCUUUCCAGUCUCUGAUCCACAGCCGCCGCUCGUACCGGGAACUCAGGCUGCUCAAGCACAUGAAACACGAGAAUGUAAUCGGGCUGCUGGAUGUCUUCACACCUGCUGCAACGUUAGAGGACUUCAAUGAACUCUACCUGGUGACUAACCUGAUGGGUGCAGACCUCAACAACAUCGUGAAAUUUCAGAGGCUGUCAGACGAACACGUGCAGUUCUUGAUUUACCAGCUUCUGCGCGGCCUCAAGUACAUCCAUUCAGCGGGGUUGAUCCACAGAGACUUAAAGCCGAGUAAUGUGGCAGUAAAUGAGGACUGUGAGCUGAGGAUCCUGGACUUUGGAUUGGCCAGACAGACAGACGAUGAGAUGACAGGGUAUGUGGCGACUCGCUGGUAUCGAGCGCCGGAGAUCAUGCUCAACUGGAUGCACUACAAUCAGAAUGUUGAUAUUUGGUCAGUGGGAUGCAUAAUGGGUGAGCUACUGAAGGGAAAAGUCCUAUUUCCUGGCACUGACUGUAUCCUUAUCAGCGUGGCAAGAGUCUUCUGCAAUAUGCAGGUUCCCCCCCUCUUAGGCCACGUCCACACGGAGACGACACGGGUUGUAUCCGCUACAGUUCUCUAUCGU